GAAAUGUGGGUUUUGUUGCAAACAAUUGAUUGCAAAAAGUUUUUUCAAAAACAAAUCAAAACAAACCAAACCUUUGAAGACAUGCUUUGCCUUUGAAUAUAGCGUUGAUUACAAUUGUGUUGUCAUUGGAAGUGAUGUUUCAUAAAGUCUUAACCAAUUGUUUCAUUCAUUCAAUCAAUUGUUCACAAAGAGUGCACUUCUUGUCGAAACAGCGGCUCUUGUGGUCAUCUAAUGCGGGACACAAUGCGGUCAAUACAGUCAUCUCCAGGUGUUUGUCAUCGACACCGUCGGCGGUCACCAGUCAUACAGUUGUCGACACGUUUCGCACCAAUCAAUCGGAUCCAAGACUUCACUCCACACAACACUUAGCCAUGUAUUACACGAUUCCCGCAGACAUCGCGACCAAACUCUUUGUUUUGGGAGGUUUUAGUGGACAACAACAGCGAGCCUUCAAGACAUUCAGAGAGACCACUCUUAUGGUCAGACGACCCGCUCUUGAGGUCAUGGAUUAUCUGCGAAGAGCUCACUAUAACAGACCCGUCAAUCGAUACGUCCUUUACGGUCCGAUCGGUUCGGGGAAGACAUUCACCGCAAACCAUGUCUUGCACUACGGGUUUGAAGAGAAGUUUGUUUUGCUUUAUUGUCCGAAUCCCACCGAUUGGGUCCAAUAUCCCGAAGAGACGUCUCAAUCCAGUUAUAAAGGCCAACGAAUGGACACUCCAAUCGAUGCCGCCGUUUGGUUGCAACUCUUCCGCACACAUAAUAAUCAUUUGUUGGAUGAGUUAGACUUAAGGGCUUCCAAGCAAUACGUGUGGAGUCAGCGAGAGAUCACAGAACCGGGCGAUCCGUUGAAGAAUAUUCUUGAACACGGAAUCAGUCGUAUUAAACACUCGUCCGAUUGUAUGGCAGUUAUUCUCAAAGAGAUUAAAGAGCAGAGCGUUAGCGGGAAGUAUAGGGUUUUGGUGGUCGUCGACAAAGCGAACGCUUUCUACGAGUCGAGUAAAAUUAAAUACCCGGACAGGAGUCUCGUCGACAUCGAUAACAUCACAAUCGCGCGCGCCUUCAAAAAACUCUUCACCAAUGAUUGGACUAACGGCGCUGUUGUGGCCACAGUUGACAAGAAACUGGUGGUUCCGUACAGAAUACACAAAGUGUCGCGACCUUUCAAAGCCAAAGCCAAGUCAAGGGCGAGCGACAAUUGGGGUCCGUUCACUGUCUCUCAUAUCAGUGAUUUGCCACAUGACUUGUUGACCAAUACGGGUUUCAAACAUUUUGAUCCAUUUAUUCCGAUUGAAGUUCCCAUUUAUGACGAUAAAGAGAUGGAGAGUUGUCUUAACUAUUAUAACGAUAGGAAAUGGAUUCAGAGACCUAUCGCUAAAACAGUUGAGGGCAGGAAUGAAAUUAAAUUUUUAUCCGCAUUUAAUCCAUUAGAGACUUAUGAGAUCUGUUGUGGACUUUAAUAGCAAUAAUAAAACUAAUUAUUUCAAUA